AUGAUGGAAUCGCUGUGCCGUCGGUGCUUUACCCGCAUCGCAUUCCAGUCCCGAAGGUCCUUUGCUUCGAUAGCGACCUCCUCAGCAGCCGCCCCAGCCGAACCUUCGGUAGAGCCUCUCAUUGAUUUGGAUGCUCCUGAAGAGACUCCUUCAUAUGAUGACUUCCUUCCGGACUACAAAAGACCGCCAUCGUCAUUCCAAUUGGCAGCUUCUACAGUCAUCUCUCGGGCUCCACUUCUGACUAGAGAACUCACACCCUUCGAAACGGAGUUUUUCUUCUAUCAGCGUCGGUUGGAUAAACGUUUGGUCAAGCCUUUUGUUCGAAACUUCUAUUUUAAACCUGGGACUCUGGCCUACGAUGAAUGGAGAAGGAAAAGGCUUGGUAUGAAAGUUUAUAAUCCAUAUGGCGAUGAGCAUUGGAAAGACGAGUUACGAUAUGGCGAUAGUCCGCAAGAAGAUGAGAAUAUGGACUAUGACUCCUUGGUGAAAUAUACUGUUUCCGGGGAGGAUAUCAGUGCCAGUGAUACCGAGGAAGAAAUUGCUGCCAAGAAGCUUAUGACCAAACCUUUACCACGAGAAACGGAGGCCGAUAUAAACAACGAUACCAGAAGCUUGAAUAGACAACUAUCAAGGACCCUAUAUCUGCUUGUUAAGCGUGGAGAUCGGGAAAAUAAUACCUGGAAAUUUCCACAAGCAAAUAUCGAGGGACGACAGAAUCUGAAGCAGACUGCAGAGGGUAGCUUGACAAAGGCAUGUGGUCGUGAUAUGAAUUACUGGAUGGUUGGGAAUGUUCCUAUCGGAUACUACGACUACCAGCUCCCCGACGGAAAGGCGAAGGGCGAAAAUGGGGAGCUGACCGGGAAGAAAGUGUUUUUCAUGAAGGCACGAAUCUUCGCCGGGCGACCAAAACUGACGGGUAACAAGGCGAACAUCGCAGAUUACCAAUGGCUCACGAAAGAGGAGAUUGAAGGAGUGGUCGAGAAAGACUACUGGAAGGCCAUCAGACGCAUGUUGGUAACCAGGUAG